UAUAUCAAUAAACACACAUUGUAGACACAUAACAUAUUAACAUCAAACACCAUGACGUAUUCAACAAUGAAACGGUCACUGGAUAUUGAGUUAAUCUCAGCGGAAGGACUCAAGGUAGAUCGAAAACCUGUGAAGAGAAAGACAUUCUGCAUAGUCAGGAUAGAUCAAGACAUUCGGUUUUGUAAACCGGAUGAACUAGGUGGGAGUUAUCCGGUUUGGAAAGAAAAGAUCGAGAUGGACAUGGCGAUGAACGGUAGUGUAAGGUUUAUCUCCAUUGAGGUUUUAUAUAAAACAAGUGGUGGAGCUGACAAGAAUGUUGGGUUCGCUAAGAUUCCAGUGACGGAUUUCAUGGGAGGUUUUGCUCCUCAAGGGCAUUUGAAUUUCUUGAGUUACAGGUUGAGAGACGAGUAUGGAGACAAGAGUGGGAUCGUCAAUGUGUCAAUAAUGGUGAAGCCUGACGGUAACAGUUUAAAAUAUUCAUCGCCUUCGUUGGCGGCUCCAGCGGAAUAUGGUGUGUGUUCUUCACAGGCGGCGGCAGUGAAUGGUCAGAUGUGGAGACCGAGGACAUCUUCAUCAAUGGCAUUGACGGCUGGUUAUGGAGGCCGUGUAGUAACCGGAGUUCCUGUUUGGAGUGCUUAUUCACGGUCAUCUUAAGUUUUUCUUGUUUUUACAUGUUUGUCUGAACAGAUUUUUCUUAAUGUUUUUGUUUGCCAUAUAUGAAUUCCGAAAUUCAUGGUGAAAAAUACGUCUGAUUAAUCAUGAAAUCUGGUAUAUAAAUAAGUAUUAUGAAAUAA